AUAAGUGCAGGCACAUCUAGAGUUACACUAACGUUAACUGAUCUACACAAAACUUGGGGGCGAGACAGAAAGCUUUUCAACUGCAGCUACGCCUUUCUAGGAGAAAAGGGCGACAUAGAUCGACGCCUCACCCAACUGAAUGAUUCAAAGUCUUUACGAGGUGAGAGUAAGAAUUGGUAUGGGAAUUUUACGCCGCUAGUGGUACUGGAUUGGAGAAUCGGAGGCGAGAGUUGCAGCAGCGCACAGCAGAGUCCUUCAACUUACGUGUGUGCCGAAAAUAGUGAAUGUGUUGAUUUUGGUCCUAAUGCUAAUGGCUACAAUUGCCGCUGCUUACAAGGAUAUCAAGGCAACGCUUACCUCCCCAAUGGGUGUCAAGAUAUUGAUGAAUGUUCAAAUCAGACGCUUAAUCCAUGCGCUUCAAAUUCAAUUUGCAAAAAUAUUCCUGGCUCUGUUAAAUGCACAUGUCCAAAAGGAUACUAUGGUGAUGGAAAGUCCAAUGGUAAGGGCUGCAUUCGGGUGCCACCUUCUCAAAUGAUCAUCAAAUUAUUAAUAGGUCUGGCCUGUGGGUUGGGAUUUCUGUUACUCUUGCCAAUUUGUUUUUGGUUGCACAAGGAGCUGAAGAAGAGAGAGAAUAGAAGGCGCAAAGAAGAUCUCUUCCAAAGCCUUCUCUUACAACAUCAAACCAAUGAAGAUACAUUUGGAAGAACCAAGCUUUUUCUAGCCAAGGAGCUAGAGAAAGCUACCGAUAACUUCAACGAAAAUCGAAUUCUCGGAAGAGGAGGGCAAGGUGUAGUCUACAAAGGAAUGCUAUCCAAUGGUACAAUUGUAGCAAUCAAGAAACUGAAGGAGGUUGAUGAGAAUCAAGUGGAGCAAUUCAUAAACGAGGUUGUGAUAUUAUCACAAAUCAAUCAUAGGAAUAUCGUCAAAUUGUUGGGCUGUUGCUUGGCGUUCGAGGUUCCUCUCCUCGUAUACGAGUAUGUGCCUAAUGGGACACUUUUUGAUCUCAUUCAUCAAACAGAACUUCCAAUCUCGUGGAACAUGCGCAUAAAAAUCGCGACAGAUAUAGCAGGUGCAGUGGCUUACUUACAUUUUGAAUCAACUGUCCCAAUCUAUCACAGAGACAUCAAGUCCACCAACAUCCUUAUGGAUGAAAAGUACGUUGUCAAAGUAUCGGAUUUUGGAACAUCCAAAUUUGUUGCAGUGGACCAAACUCACCUGACCACGCUGGUGAAAGGUACAUUCGGAUAUUUAGAUCCAGAGUAUUUCCAGACGAGCCAAUACACAGACAAGAGCGACGUUUAUAGCUUUGGAGUAAUUCUUGUCGAGCUUCUAACAGGACAACGGGCCAUAUCUUUAGAUGGAUCACAAGAAGAUAGAAAUCUAGCAACACGAUUUCUUGCAUGUAUGGAAGCAAACAAUCUUGAUGCUAUAAUAGAUAGCCAAGUUUCCAAACAAGCUAAGAAAGAAGAGGUGAUUGUAGUUGCAAGGCUUGCAAAAAGGUGCUUGAACAUCACAGGGAGAAUGAGGCCAAACAUGAAGGAAGUUGCUAGAGAAUUGGAAAGCUUGUCUAUGUCUCAACUGUCUGCAAAUGUUACACAUGAAAUUGAAGAAGCAACCAUGUAUGAAGCAAAGUCAGUUUUGGUUCCAAAUAUGGAUUACACUUGGACAAGUGGUGACAGUGUGGCCACAUCAUCAGAUACACAUCCUCUAAUGUCUACAAAAUUUUAAACUUAUGUCUUUAUUAUUGCUCUUGUAAUACCUUUAGUUACAACUAUAAUUUCACAUAUUACAAAUAUAAUUCCA